AUGCCAAAUCUCGACUUCAGCAUCCAAUCUUGGGGCAAACCAUCAUCUCCAAAACGGGCUCUGUUGUUGCAUGGUUUGAUGGGAACUGGAACAGUAUGGUUCAAAGUAGCUGAGAUCCUGGUCGCUCAAGGUCAUGGCUGGGCACCUCACAGUCGACCAUACAACGUCCAAACAGUUACUCAGCAUCUUGCCGACCAUCUCAGAAACCAAGAUAUCCCAUACGAGGUCAUCGGGGGGGGGGGCAUACUCAAAGCCAACCCUUCUUGGAUCGGAGCUGAGGCCAUCUUGAGGAGAUUGAGUUUGAGUCUGAUAGAUCCGGAGGUCAUCGUGCAACUGAGCGAUGCCAUGGUCAAAGGCGAAUUCAGUCAUUCCAACCUCCUUCCUUCCCAAUCCGCCUCCACCUCAACUGAAAUCAUGAUCCUCGGUGCAGACCCAUCCGUGAAGACGGUCUAUCCACCUGAAAAUUCUGAGAGACUAGAGAAGGAAUAUCCUUAUGUCAAGUUCGGAUGGGUCAAAGGUGCAACACACGACAUGCACAAGACUGACGCCGGAGUGCUAGCGAAGGUCAUUGUAGGAGGUUUCGCAGGGGCAGAGAAGGCUGGAGUGACAGUGCUUAGAGGAUCCAGACAUGAAUAUAUUGUCAACGAGGAUUACAUCGAUGAUGAAGUUAUCACAGAUGUGUUCUGGCCCAAAGCCGACCCGGCCACCAAUAUUAGCCCUUAG